AGGAUUAUUCAGAGAAUUCGAUGAAGGAUGCAUUGGGGUGGUACGGCUACGAUAGGGGUGCAACUUCUGGUUCAGAAACCAGCUCAGACAGUGAAUUGCCGAGGAAAAGGUAUUCGCCACUUCGAACCAUUGCAAAUGAUUGCCUCUGCUGCGCUUGGUGCCAGAAAGUGGGGAAUUCGAAAGAUUUCAGUUUGAAGACACCGAAUGGCAAUAAGGUGUUUUGCUCGGAACAAUGUUUUACUCAAUGUAGGAGAGCAAGCUUUAAAAGGAACAAAACUUGUGAUUGGUGCCGGCAUGUUCGACACACUGUCAACUAUGUUGACUUUCAAGAUGGUGAUCAUCAACUACAAUUCUGUAGAAAAAUCUUUUAUCAGCCUUCAACAUCUUAUUCAAUUAAUUUGCAGUGAUAAAUGCCUCAACCAGUACAAGAUGAACAUCUUCUGCAAAGAAACAGAGGCCCACCUCGAAGCCCAUCCUCACCUGCGAGAGAGUACUGUUGCGGAGAGCGGACCUGGGUUGAUAACUCCAGAUCUCUGGUUGAGAGACUGUCGCUCUCCAGCCAGUGAGGAAUCCCUCAGUCCACAACCGAGUCUCACAAUGCCAGAUGGAAAGAAAGAAAAAGAAGCAAAGAAAAAAGGAAGACGUCAAAGAAGAAUAGCAUCACCUCCAAGGAUUCCCUUACAUCCUCUUCCACCUCCUCUUUUACCUCCACCUUGGAGAAGAAAACCAGACGUUCCAGCAUUAGUUCCUAUCGCACGUCCUGUACCAAUGUUGCCUGGUCUUUUGCCGCCUCCUACCACACUUGUUCCCUAUCCCAUAUUCUUUCCAAUACCUAUUCCCAUUCCCAUACCAUUGCCGCUACCAGGACUCAAGAUGUCUGAUCUUGAGGGUGCUAAAAAAACUGAACCAACUCAACCUACUCAUCUAGCACAGCCCCCUCCUAGGAAAAGGAAGAGGAUUACGGACAUAUCACAAGAGAAUGAAGCUGCCAGGAAGCCCAAAACAGUUCAUGCCUAGCACUUUUCUCACCAAGAUAUUUUAUAGUUCAAAUCGAUAGUCAUGAGAGACUUUCAAUUAUGAUUAAAUCAACAAAAAAGGCUUUUGUGAACAAGAGACAAUCUGAAUCAAAUAUGCGAAAUAUUUUAUCUAAUUCUGUGCAAUUUUUUCUGUAACAAUAACCACAUGAUUAUAUAAAUUAAAUGGAAUUAUUAUUUUGGACUGUUUUAAACAUAGUUUACAGCGUUAUUUUAAUGGUCUUAAAUCAUUAACAUCAGAAUUUAUAUAUAUUAUAACUUUCUAUAAACCAUGUAUUAUAUUGUUAAAAAUACUUUAAAAUUAAUUUAGGUAAUUUGCUCGUAGCCAAAUUUAUAUUUUAUAUUUUUUGUUGUGUAAUUGAGUGCUACCUUGUAAAUACUGUUUGUAUUUAGAAAUUAUUGAUUUUUAGUAAAAGAUUAGAUUAUUAAAAGGUGCUAUAUUGUUGUUUUUUCAUCAUUUUUAUAUGAUAAAAUAUUUUUAUUUUUUAGUUAAAGUGUAUAAUGUUUAUUGUUGUUGUACAGAAAAAUAAAAAUCUCUUAUAAAUGUAAGAUAUAAUUAUGAACAGCGGACUUGUUUAAAUUCUUUUUCAAAAAUAGUUUAAUUAUUUCAAAACCCAACAAGUACUUGCCAAUGUAGUAGAAAAUAGUUAUGUCAUGUUCUUAAUAGAUGUUAAACAUAUUAAACUUAUUUAUAACUCUGUCUAAAAUUAUUUAUUUUUAGAAAAAAACAAAACCUACUUUUAAAUUGUAAUAAUAUAAACAAAAUAAAC